GAAAUCGCAUCGAGCUGGAGAAAAUCCUUUCAUAUCACUUCAAAAUUAACAAGCAAAAGAUCGACAUCUGGCUGGAGGUUACUCCGAAGUGUCUCGUAAAAUCAUCAAAAGUAAAGGCAUACCGGUUGCUGGUCGCUUAGUGCGUGAAAACAGUGAAUAAAUUGGGAAAUUAGAGUGAAUUGCUUCGAAAACUUGUUAAUUUUCCGUCCCAGCAAGGAAAAAAUGGUGACCGGAAUCGAAGAAAGCAAACCGGUGGAGACCGAAUUCGAAGUGGUGGAAGACGAAAGCUGCUCGGAGGAGAGCGACUCCGGUCCAGCCGGAGCCCUCUCGUCCAAAUUCGAUCGAACGGAUGUCUCCAUCAAUACCAAUCCCCUCCCGUACGGAAAGUACACCUUGAUUGGCAUCGACAUUGAUACGACGGGUCGUAGACUGAUCGAUGAAAUAGUUCAGAUCUCCGCAUACACGUCGGAACACCAGUACUCGCAGUACAUUAUGCCGUUGAUGAACCUGAAUCCGGCCGCCCGACAGCGGCACCAGGUUCGUGUCAUCACGGUUGGUUUCUUCCGCAUGUUGAAGAGCAUGCAGACCUAUCGGGUCGUGAAAACAAAAACGGAAAUUUCGGCUCUGAACGAAUUUAUCGACUGGCUGGAGGCGCGGUACCAGGAGGACGAAGGUUCCGAGGGUAUCGUGAUGAUCUAUCAUGAACAGCGCAAGUUCGUACCGUACAUGCUGAUCGAGGCCAUGAAGAAGUACAACCUGUUGGAUCGGUUCACCGCGACGGUGAAAUCGUUCGUGAACGGGUUCAAACUGGCCGAGGACAAGUGCAGCAAAACAAUCAAGUACUUCUCGAUCCGCCAGCUGGCCAACCUGGUGCUGGACAAGGACGAAGCGAAGGAAGGGUUCGAAGGAAACGCGGCAUAUCGAGCCCGGUUGGCCUACCAAAUUGCACGUCGUUUGUCCAGAGAAAACGACAAGGCAGCUAGCAGCGACUGUCCGCAGACAGCCGAGUGUGUAGAGAGCCAAGAGGACGAGGGAACUGAGGAAGGAGAGCCAUGCACACAACCUGAGGCUGCUGACGAGAACGACAAUCCGAACCUGAAUAAAACCGAUGACGAUCGACAUCAGACCGAUGUGGACGCUGUCACUGGUCAGGUGACGACAGUUCCGGAACCGCAACCACGCUCUCGGCCCACGACCGAAGCCGAGCGGGAACAGAUGUGCUUGACCCUGUGCGAUCUGGCCUCACCGAUCACGUGCGAAAUUUCCGAACUGGAUGAGCAGGAGAAUAUUCUUGUCCGCCAGAACUCGCUCCGGCCGGUGUUUUUGCAGUACUUUAAGACGACCAUCUACCAUAGAGUUAAGGCUGUAACGUACCGACGAGUGCUGGCCGAGAACGGACACGAUCUUGCCACGCUGCAGCAAAUUUGGACCGACCGCAAGCGCGAGGGUCUGGAGGAGGUAGUUGCCAAGAUCACUGACCUGAAGGAGGACGAAAGAACCGAGCUUUCCGAGCUGCUCGAUUGCCACUUUGAUCCGGACAAGCAGCAGCUGAAACCGGUCAUCACGCGCGUCCGCCAGCGGUCAUCCCGGGGUCGGAUGUUCUUCGGUAACAAGAGCAGCAAUUCAUCGGGCAAUGGCAACUACAACAACAAUGGAAAUGGCAACGGCAACGGCAAGGACAACCGUAAACCCAUGAACGCUGGUCGCAAUAACAACAGCAACGGCAACUACCAGCAGCACAAUAAUGGUGAUAAUGGUAAUACCAGUGGAAACUACCACGGUAAGAACAACAACAACAGCAACAACCAAUCGCCGCCGUCCCCGAACGGAGGUGCUGGUGGAAACAGGAAGUUCCGUCCGCGCCAGCCGAGACGCCGUCGCAACCAGAAUCAGAACCAGACCCGUCAGAACGGUAACCAACAGAACAUGAACCAACCGCCGAUCAUUCAGGCCAACGCCUGAAAAAUCCGCCCGCUUGCUCACUGCCACAAGGCCGAUGUGGAUGUUUGGAAAUAUCUUGAACAAAACUGAAAACAACUUAAAAGAUUGAAUUGAAUUCCUUAUGUUUAGUAGUCAUGUAAGUGCUGAUGAUGAUGAUGAAUAAUGCAAGAAGAUGUUAGUCGAGAAGAGGUUUAAGCCGGUUCCUGAUUAGAAGAGAUCAGCUAUCGAUUUGUGGGAAGCUUCGUUUCAGAAGAUUCCCUAUUUCUAUUGUAUUGUGAGCAAAAGGCUACGCUAGAGUUUAGGGGGUGAUAUUAGUUAAUAACUAAUCGUAUUUUUUAAAUGGCUAAGGCCUUUUCUACUUUUAUAACAUUACAUUAUUGUAAUCCCACUACCAUUUUUUAUAUUUACAAUUUGCUCGUGCUAAAUGCGCGGAAUUUGCUCUUGGAAAUGCUUUUGAUUUUUUUGGAUAACAGCAAAGCGGUUUCUUCCAAUUUCGGGCUCUCGAUUGGCAGAGGUAAACGAAUGGCUUUCAGGAAGUAAGCGCGCGCUUCCAGACAAGAUAUUCGUUCGCAUUUGCAGAACCCGAAAGGGGGGAAAACACGGUUUUGAUUCACCCAUUAUAGCAGAUAAAAGAAUAUAUUGAAGAUUGUAAUCUUGAUUGAAACGGAAAGCGAGGCAUGUAAGAUGUGUGUGUAGUAGCAGCUUCUAGAGAUUAGGCAAACAUGAUUUCAAACUUAUACAACAAACACACACAUGAGGAACACUUUUCCCGAAGAAAAACUAUCUAAUUUACUAUGUUAUUAAUGGAUAAGAUCUUGAAUAAUGUUAAAAUGAUUUGAAUUUGUUCGUUUAAGAAACGCAAGGCUUCGAGCGUCUGCGAUGUUCGGAGCGCUUGUUUAACUCAAAAUAAAGAGCGAUAAGCAAAACAAA